AUGCCUCUAUAUGCUAAAUUCAUGAAAGAACUUUUGAACGGUAAACUCAAAUUGAAGGAUGAUGAAAAUGUAGCUUUGGCAGAGGAAUAUAGUUCCAUCGUUCAACGUAGUCUACCACCUAAACUCACAGAUCCAGGUAGGUUCACGAUUCCUUCCUCUAUCAGUUCAUUAAAAAUUGGCCAAUCACUCUGUGAUUUAGGGACUAGCAUCAAUUUGAUGCCUCUAUCUAUGAUGAGGAAAUUAAAUUGUGGGGAGCCAAAACCUACAGAAAUGACUUUGACUCUAGCCGACCGAUUUGUCACUUAUCCCUAUGGAGUACUGGAGGACCUAUUGGUAAAGGUUGAGGAUUUACUAUUUCCCGCUGAUUUUGUCAUUUUUUAUAUGCCGGAAGAUGCUGAAACACCAUUAUUGUUAGGAAAACCUUCCCUUGCAACGAGCAGAUCUUUGAUUGAUGUGGAAAGAGGGGAAUUGAUCCUCUGGUUCAAUAAAGAGCAGGUAAUAUUUAAUGUUUUUGAAGCCAUGAAACAUCGGCAUGAGGAUUUGUAA